UGCUCGCCUUCCCCGGAUUCUAGACUAUCCGCUAACAAUACUGAAUGUUCCGUGAGAUGAUUUACAUACGCCGUUCCCGCUCCAGCUCCGGCCGGCGUCGUCAAACGAAUUGUUCCAGCAUCGAUUCUCUCAUCGACACCCACUCCCAAGCAUGAAGCUAUAUGCGACAUCCCUCCAGGCGCCCACUGCCUGGAGGCAGUGCUGCCAAUGUCUCCGCAGUCAACGAGCUCGUCCGACCCCGCUACGAUACUCCAGCCGCUUGCUAUCGACCGCGGAAGCAGCCAAACCAGCUUCAAAGAACAAUCCGCUACGUGCUUCCAAUCGCGCGAAGGAGUAUGAGCAGGCAAGGUACAAGCGUUCGAUCAUGGUCUCGGCAGCUGGUAUAGGAGCUUGCGCGGUUGCGAUGUAUGGAGUGAUCAAGCUAGAUGUUUUCGGGCUGGAAGAGGUUACGCAGGCGGAUGAAAAGAAGAAGAAUAUUCACGAGAAGAGCUCCUCUAGUGGGAGCAUGAAGUUGGAUGGACCCAAUGGAUUCCCAAGCAAUCCAUCUGUCAUUCCGAUUCAUGGACGCGAUGGUGUCCAGGAGGUCCCUACGGGCAAUAGCGCGGUUCCGACCUUCCCGACUACAAUCACCCUUCCCAAGUCAUUCGAUCCGACGUCUCUGCAACCGGGACAUGAGAUCUCCGUGGCUUCUGAAGCAGAGGAGGAAUACGAGCUGCUGGGGCUGGGCAUUCGAACCGUCUCCUUCCUUUCCAUCCAGGUGUACGUCGUGGGUCUGUACGUCGCCAAGUCGGACAUUUCAGCACUACAGCACAAGCUGGUGCGGGCGGCUGUUCAGGGUCCCGGUGCAUCUUCGAGCGAGGGUGCAGUUGCUGCUACAUCUCUGAUUCCUGCGGAACGGCAAGCUCUGAGGGAACUUCUCCUCGAUCCUACCAAGGGAGAGGAGGUCUGGGACUCGAUUCUCAAGGAGGGUGGCGUACGGACCGCGUUCCGCAUCGUGCCUACGCGGAACACCGAUUUCAUGCAUCUGAGAGAUGGCUGGGUUCGAGGUAUCACGGCACGGGCACAGAAAGCUGCCGCGAAGGCCAAGGAGUCUGGCAGCGACAAGCCUAGCGAAUUCUCAGACGAAUCGUUUGGUAAUUCCAUGGCUGAUUUCAAGGCCCUCUUCGGUGGAGGACAGCGGAAGAAUGUCCCCAAAGGCCAGAUUCUCUUCCUUCUGCGUGACGAGCGUGGAGCUCUUGACGCGCUGUUCCAGCCUGAUCCAGCGCAGCCCAUCAGAUGGUUGGGUCGUGUAGCGGAUGAGCGCGUCAGCCGUCUCGUCUGGGAGAACUACCUGGCUGGAAAGAAUGUCUCCAGCGAGAGUGCCCGCCAGAGCGUCGUCGACGGCGUCACGGCUAUCGUUGAACGGCCUGUGGGGACAAUGGUUCAGAAGGUCGUAUAAACCUGAUAUAACAGACACAAGAGACGAAUACGAUGAUCGUGAAAUCCAGGCUUCACGUCAUGUCAGGAAACUUUUUAUCGCUAAAUGAGCUUCAUGUACUAUAUACCUAGUCUCAACUAGUAAUUGCAAGUCAAUCUUAAC